CAUAAACAUCUCGUCAACCACCUCGGUAGCUUGCUAGCCAACAUAGCCGAAAGAUUCCAGCUAUUUAUACGCUUUCGGUCUAUAUUAGCUACUGUGUUUUAGACACGCGUCUGUCGUAUCUACUUGUUAAGCUAUUUAAUAUUAUUUAAUAUUAUGCUAUUUUGUAUUAGUCAGCUAUAGUAGCUGGCUGGUUAAGUUAACACUAGCAUAGUCAUUAAUGAUAGCUAGCUAGCUAACAUCCCCGAACAUGAGCUCCCUAAGCUUCUCCCCUCCUGUUAAAGAAGAGGAUGUCUACUGGACGGAGAAAGAAGCUCUGGGGCUGAACAUUGUCGUGAAAGAUGAGAAGGAAGAAGAGGAUGUCACAGUUAAAAAAGAAGUAGAGGGUGAGGUUGUUACAGUGAAAGGAGAAGAGAAAGACGUUUCAGUGAAAGAAGAGGAAGACGCGUUCAGAGUGAAAGAGGAGGAGGAGGAUGUUACAGUAAAAGAGGAGGAUAUAGUUUUUGGAAUGAAGAAGGAAGGAGAGAUUAUUGUCACAUUGAAAGAUGAAGAGGUGGAGAUAGGAGAUCUGAUUAACACCAGAGAGAUACCAGACUCUCACUCUGACAGCGGGAAGAGUCCUUCAGGGGAACCAGACCCAGAGAUGCCCAAACCAGCGAGACAACACCACUGCUCCCACUGUGAAAAGAGUUUUUGCUGGUUAGGGAACCUAAAACUGCAUGAGAGGACACACACUGGAGAAAAGCCUUUCCAAUGCUCCCAGUGUGGAAAGAGCUUUGCUGUGUUAGCUAACCUGAAAAGGCACGAGAGAAUACACACAGGAGAAAAGCCUUAUCACUGUUCCCAAUGUGGAAUGAGUUUUAAUCAGGAUGGGGACCUAAAAGCUCAUAAGAGGAAACACACAGGAGAAAAGCCUUUCCAAUGUUCCCAGUGUGGAAAGAGUUUUACUAAGAUAGGGCAAUUAAAAGAACAUGAGAGAAUACACAAAGGAGAAAAGCCAUUCCAAUGUUCCCAUUGUGGAAAGAGUUUUACUCGGAUAGGAAACCUAAAAAAGCAUGCGAGACUACACACAGGAGAAAAGCCUUAUCAAUGUUCUCAGUGUGGAAAGAGUUUUGCAGUGUUAGCUAACCUGAAAAGGCACGAGAGAAUACACACAGGAGAAAAGCCUCAUCACUGUUCCCACUGUGGAAUGAGUUUUACUCAGUUAUGGGACCUACAAGCUCAUGAGAGGAUACACACAGGAGAAAAGCCUUUCCAAUGUUCCCAGUGUGGAAAGAGUUUUACUCAGAUAGGGCACCUGAAAGCGCAUGAGAGGAUACACACAGGAGAAAAGCCUUACCAAUGUUCCCAGUGUGAAAAGAGUUUUACCAUGUUAACUAACCUGAAAAGGCAUGAGAGAAUACACACAGGAGAAAAGCAUUUUCUGCUCCCAGUGUAAAAAUAGAUUUUCACGAAUGGGACCUUAACACUCAUGAGAGGAUACAGAGGGGAAAAACCUUUCCAAUGCUCCCAGUCUGGAAAGAGUUUUACCUGGUCAAGUAGCCUGAAGGAGCAUAAGAGGACACACACGAUAAAAGUCCUACCACUGCUCUCUUUGUGGAAGGACAUUCAGAGAACCUGAAAUCAAAUGAGAGAAUAGAAAGGCUGUAUUCUGACAUUUUUUUUGACUCAGAAUGUGUGUUUUUGUUUAUGCCAGAUGAAAUCAUAUUGUGUAUGCUUUCACCUGUCUAUAUAAGGUCCCACAGUUGACAAUGCAUGUCAGAGCAAACACCAAGCAAUGAGGUUGAAGAAAUUGUCCUUAGACCCCCGAGACAGGGUUGUCGCUUGGAGUUUGCCAAAAAGGCACCUUAAGGACUCUCAGACCAUGAGAAACAAGAUUCUCUGGUCUGAUGAAACCAAGAUUGAACUCUUUGGCCUGAAUGCAUUUUGGCAACCUCCAAGCUGGUUGUCAUGUGCCUUCCGUCUGACCACUCUACCAUAAAGACCUGAUUGGUGGAGUGCUGCAGUGAUGGUUAUCAUUCUGGAAGGUUCUCCCAUCUCCACAGAGAAAAUCUGUAGCUCUGUCAGAGUGACCAUCGGGUUCUUGGUCCCUUCCCUGACGAUUGCCCUUCUCCACCGAUUGCUCAGUUCUGCUGAGCGGCCAGCUCUUGGAGGUUCUUGGUGGUUCCAAACUUCUUCCAUUUAAGAAUGAUGGAGGCCACUGUGUUCUUUGGGACCUUCAAUGCUGCAGAAAUGUUUUGGUACCCUUCCCCAGAUAUGUGCCUCGACACAAUCCUGUCUCAGAGCUCAACGGAUAAUUCCUUUGACCUCAUUGCUUGGUUUUUGCUCUGACAUCCACUGUUACCUGUGGGACCUUAUAUAGACAGGUGUGUGCCUUUCCAAAUCAUGUCCAGUCAAUUGAAUUUACCACAGGUGGGCUUCAAUCAAGUUGUAGAAACAUCAAGGAUGAUUCGUGGAAUCAGGAAGCAUCUGAGCUCAAUUUCAAGUCUCAUAGUAAAGGGUCUGAAUAGUUAAGUAAAUAAAUGUGCAUAAAUGUCUAAACUUGUUUUGGGGUUGUCAUUAUGGGGUAUUGUGUGUAGAUUUGAUGAGGGGGAAAAAUCUUCAAUUUUAGAAUAAGGCUGAAACGUAACAAAAUGUGGGAAAAGUGAAGGGGUCUGAAUACUUAACGAAUGCACUGUAUACCGCUGGCAGAGUUUUCUACCCCUGGCAGUUUUGUACACGGUCACGUGAUACGUGGUAUAGAAAAGUCCAAUCUUAGGAGAGUCCAUGGGAGGCACUAUACUGUGUGUUUGCAGGUGUCUAUCUGGUCAAAACCACUGAUACAGGUGCCCCUCCACCCUCUGGUGGGAUGGAUCACGUCUACAGAGAAACCUAGAUUCAAAUACUUAGAUGUGUGUGUAUUGGGUAUAUGUUGUGAAAUUGUUAGAUAUUACUUGUUAGAUAUUACUGCACUGUCGGAGAUAGAACCACAAGCAUUUCACUACACCCGCAAAAACAUCUGCUAAACAUGUGUAUGUGACCAAUAAAAUGUGAUACGAUUUUGAUUAGAAAUAAACGUCCUGUUUAUCAAAGGUGCUUUUGGCUGGGGUCAAAAUGACUCCAAAGGAUUUGAAUUUGUUAAAAGUCCAUAUUGAUACAGAAACACUAAACCAUGAUUUAGAUUUAUUAAGAACAAGUUGAUUGACAAAGUCAUGAAAAAUUGGAAGAAUUGAAUAAAUCACAUUUUGGCUAUGAUAAAAGAUAUGCCUCUGGGGUCAAAAUGAUCCAUGUCAGAAGUAUGGUUCAAUGCAAAUAUGUAGUGAGUGUAAAGUUUGUUUUAAAUUCUUACUCAUUAAAAACGAAUAAAUCAACACAUGCUUCUCUUUAAACGACCUGAUAUAAUAUUAAACCUAAUAAAUGAAAAAUAAACGUUUGGUUCCUCAACUGCGUUGUCCACUCCAGUCAGCAGUCUUAGGUUCAGGCGAUGCUGCCAGUGUGACGUAUAAUCUAGUGGACGGGACGCUCCUUCAACAACAACAGCUAGUCAGACACCUCGGUAGCUUUCUAGCAAACAUAGCUACAACAUUCACGCUCUUUACACUGUUUUGGUGUAUAUUAGUCGAUGUGUAUUAAACAUACUUCUGUCGUAUGUACUUGUUGGCCCAUUUAAUUAACGUUAACGUACGUUGUUUGUCAGCUAGCUGGUUUGCUAAAUUAGCUUAGAACUAGGCUAGUUGCUAAUGCUAGCUAGCUAACAUCCCCGACCAUGAGUUCACUAAGCUACUCUCCUGCUAAAGAAGAGGAGGUCUACUGUACGGAGAACGAAGCUCUCAUUAAAGAGGCAGAGGGAGAGGAGGCUGUCACUACAAAAACAAGUAGAGGGUGAGGCUGUUACCGUGAAAGAAGAAGAGAAAGACGUUACAGUUAAGGAAGACUCGUUCAGAGUGAAAGAGGAGGAGGAUGUUACAGUAAAAGAAGAGGAAGAGAUAGAUGCAGUUUUUGGAGGGGGAGAUGACUGUCACAUUGGAGGGAGAAGAGGAGGUUGGAGAUCUGUUUAACACCAUUGACAGGUGAAUUCAUCCUUCCUCAAAUCCUCUCCUCAUGUCCUUCUAAAAACCCAUUGGAGAAGGUCAGAGGAAAGGAGAUGUGAAAAAUCAAGGAAAGACAAAGACCUGAGCCCUAGGACCAUGCCUCAGGACGACCUGGCAUGAUGACUCCUGCUGUCCCCAGUCCACCUGGCCGUGCUGCUGCUCCAGUUUCAACUGUUCUGCCUGCGGCUAUGGAACCCUGACCUGUUCACCGGACGUGCUACCUGUCCCAGACCUGCUGUUUUCAACUCUCUAGAGACCGCAGGAGCGGUAGAGAUACUCUUAAUGAUCGGCUAUGAAAAGCCAACUGACAUUUACUCCUGAGGUGCUGACUUGCUGCACCCUCAACAACUACUGUGAUUAUUAUUAUUUAUGAACAUUUGAACAUCUUGGCCAUGUUCUGUUAUAAUCUCCACCCGGCACAGCCAGAAGAGGACUGGCCACCCCUCAUAGCCUGGUUCCUCUCUAGGUUUCUUCCUAGGCUUUGGCCUUUCUAGGGAGUUUUUCCUAGCCACCGUGCUUCUACACCUGCAUUGCUUGCUGUUUGGGGUUUUAGGCUGGGUUUCUAUACAGCACUUUGAGAUAUCAGCUGAUGUAAGAAGGGCUAUAUAAAUAAAUUUGAUUUGAUUUGAUAUACAUAUCACACUGAAAUCAAUAGAACAGGGGGCAAACAAUUAGUGUUCUACAUUGUGACAUUAAUUCAUUGAUAUCAUGAAACAACUCCUUCAUGUAUGUAUUUUCUGAUGUUUUAUCAGAGUAGCUCUUGUCACAUUGAUCACAGUUGUUAGGUUUCUCUCCUGUGUGUGUUCUCUGGUGUACAAUAAGACUGCUAGAUUUAGUUAAACUCUUCCCACAUUGAUUACAGCUAUAAGAUUUAUCUUGUGUGUUUUCUCUGGUGUGAUAACAGGCUGCCUAAGUGAGUAAAACUCUUCCCACAUUGAGUACAGUGCCGUAGCUGAAUCAUAAUUAGUUAGGUAACAUAGAUAAAUAAGAUGUUUUAUUUUGUUUCAUAAUAUGCUUAUGUGACUUGUCAUUAGAAAUGUCUCUUUUUGGACUAUACUGUCGGCAGUUGCAUUUUCCUUUCUUCUCGAGGGAAAAGUCCCUUGGGGCCCAGAGAGGGGAGAGGUCAGGCUUGUCUUUUACAUGUCUGGUAAUAUACAGAAUAUCAGAAAGGGAGUCAGGUUCAAGUCAGGUUUGAACAUUGUCUUCAUAUGUGAAUGUGUCUGUCACUAUUGUAUGUCCCCUCUAAUGUUGCCCUUCUCUUGACCUAGUAUAUGACCUAGAGGCUCACACCCCUCCGUGAGCUUGUACUGGAGGGGGUGUAUUUGAGAUGGGAGUAUCUAGAAUUGACAAUAAUAUAGGCCAAUGGAUGAGGUAAUGUUUUGGUACUAUGAAGUACCAAGAACGAGAAGUAGAACCUCGUCUAAGAGACCAAACUGAACGAUAAUUUAUAGCUAAUGCUAUCUGGCUAUGAGAUACUCCUCUCUCAAGUAAAAGGCCCUUUGUGAAGUUCCUAAGAUCUGUGGUUCGUCAUGUGAGUUGAGAGGGGUGUAUCUUGGCUAUAAAAGAUACUAAGUAUUCUUUUGUAAGGACUCUCAGAGAAUUCAUUUAUAGACACUGAAUUGGUCUGAGAGUCAAAGGGCUAUGGUGAAGCUCAUAUCAUUAAAGAUGGACUUUAAAAUAUAA